AUGUCAACAUCAAGUCGAAGUCUUGCACCGACAAGUGCAUCACUAAACAUUAUUCGCAAAAAACGUUUGGCUUGCGAUAAUUGCCAUCUCUCCAAGGUUCGCUGCAGUGGCGAGGUCACCGGCUGUCAACGCUGUGAGCGUGGCAAGAAAACAUGUCACUAUAGCGAGUCAAACAUGGGACGAACUCCAGUCGAUGGAACUAACAAGGGGCGCAAGUCGAGUGUUCAUAUGACUUCAACUCCAUUCAUGUCCAACGAUGCUGCUGGUCAUCAUUCACUACGACAACAUGACUCGGAUUCGUCCACUGAUCACUUUUCUGGUAUCAGCAAUGCUGAGGGACAACUAAGACGGCAGAAUGAUCCGCCCUUAUCAGACCCGUCUAUGAACGAAGGCUGUGCCUCGCUUCAUCAUCACAAUGAGGGGGCGAGUGAAUUGAUGAGUAUCUGGAAUGAGUCCACAACCCGCCAGUACCCAACAUCUUCACCUUUGGCAUUACUAGAUAGUAUGAGCAAUGAGGUUCGGAGUCCUGGUUUUGAUCCACUCAUAUCGGAUUUCGACGAUAUAGACUUUUCAUAUAUCGAUGAUAGCCAAUUUGAAACAGAUAGGACCUCUGAAGACCUGAGCCUCCCACAACUCGUCAGCUCUCAACAUUCUCGAGCUUCACUGUCUCGACACCAGCCAGGCCAGCCUCAGCAGAUUAGUACGACGCAGUUCCUUUCAACUUCAAAUUCCUCAAGAACAUCCAGUUAUCAGAGCUCCAACUCUAGUCAAGCGAAUACACCGCAGCCUCUUGGGGCCGAUCUCAGCUUCUGGACCGCACAGCUCGAAGAAAUAUCUCACCGGACACACAAUUCCCCCAUACCCCUUGAUGAGAUGCUUCAUCACAGCUCACGGCUUCUUCCACGCGUCAACGAGGCCCUCAGGGCGUUUCCCCCUGCGGAUUCAUCGCCAUUCCCCACACAUAUAAUGCUCAUCUUGAUAUGCCUGACACAAACGAUUGCCCUCUUCGAGCAGUGCAUUCCGUCCGUGAUCUGCGGCUCCAACAAGACCGGACCGUCCGGCGAUCUCCCCCUCCACCUGGGCGCUUUUCAGGUCGACCGCGAGGUCCAGCAGGCCUUGCAGAUGCAUGUGGUGGGAAAGGAGCUAGCGACCAUCCUCAAGAUGACCAAUAUAAUCAAACAGAUGCUGCUGCGGCCGGAGUGGAACGGUAUCUGCAAGCACACGCAUAGGCUUUUGCUGGAGGACCUGCAGGCCAGGACUAAGACGUUGGUUCAUCAGAUGAAACAGAAAUGGAUUUCGGCGCGCAGGUUUGCUUUGUAGUAUAUGCACUUAUUAUCAAACAAUUGGAAUACUAUCUAGGAAAGCGCC